CACAAUCAUUUGGAAUUGUGUUCAGUUUAUGUUUGUGCCUUCAACACAGCUGACAGAAUCGCUCAACGUUUCGUAUUUAUAUUUUUUCGAGUUUUGUGUUAAUUAUUGAAAACCAAAUUCGGUUGCAUUGCCCAUUGUGUAUCGCAUAUUGGCACUUACAAUGAAUUAUUGAAUUCAACGUUGGAAUUUUAAGAGAAGAGGAGUGUUGCUUUUGUUAAAAGUGAUCAAGAAUAGUGAAGAGAGAAUAAAGACAUUGAACAUAGCUGUCGCGAAUAACGUGAAAUUGUGCGUGCGAACAAUAAAUUUCUUUUCUUCGAUCCAAAUCAAGUGGAAACAUUUUCAAAGGCAUUUUUUAUGCAUGAUUCAUUUACGUUGUUCCGUUUCAUUUUUUUCGUUCGUCUUCAUUAUUUUCAAUUGAAAGAAAACGAAGAGAAUAAAACAUUUCACCGGUGAUACGAUAAAACGGCACUAUCGAAACGAUAAUAUUUGUUGUGUUUACUGGAUAAAUGAAUUCUAUUGGAAUCGACAUCAAAGAAAAACAGUGAUGAAACUCAUAUUAUAUUGAACUCGAAAACAUUCAUAAAUCAUUGCCGAUUGACUUGCAAAUUUCAUUUAAUCCGCAAAGGAAAAGUGGAAAAAAAAUACCGAAAAACAUUAUUCAUGAGAAUGCAUGCAACGCACACGUCCAGCCGAGAAUAGUUCUUAAGUCGUGGAUCGACUUGUUGGUCAAAAAUAAAAUAAAACGAUUAGUAACUGAAAACGACGACAUUUCAAACAAGUGAAGGCCAAUCUGCUGUUUGUUGUGACUUGUUUUCAUACCAGAAGUAAUCGAAUUUAAACAACGUUUUACACUUUCGAAUUGAUACUUGAAUGAAAUCUAAAGAAAUGGCAAGCACCGGUGACAUUUGGGUACAAUGGUUUUCAUGCUGUUUUCAUCAGCCACAAAGCCCGACAAGACGACGUCAACGUCACCAGCGCAUGAGAAUAGAUCGAUCGAUGAUCGGAAAUCCCACGAAUUUUGUGCAUACCGGUCAUAUAGGGUCGAACGAUACUGAACUCACUCCCAAUCACAUGAAUGCAAUUCAAAGUCAAAUGCAAAGCAAAGGAGGCUACGAUAUGAACUCACUCAGAAUUCAGGCUUGCUGAAUCGGUUGCAGAUCUCCGGAAUGCGUUCACAUUCAAUAAUAACAUGAAUCCAUUAUUUUCAAUUAGUUUAAAUACGAUGUUUUUUUUUCUGCUAGAUUUAAAUAUUAUUUUAUUCAGAAUUUUGUUAUUUUUUUGCAUCUAGCAAUGCAGUCGCAUAACACAAUUUUAUCAUUAUUUUUAUCUUCGAAAAAUACUUCGUUCAAAUGAUAUAAUACAAAGUAGGGGAAUAAUGAACAUUUAUGCUAUCACAAUUUAUUAAUCACAUUUCCUCAUUAGAUGCUACACCAUCUCUUUUUAUUUAGUUACUUAUUGUUAUUUUUUUCUUUUCUUUUUGUCGAGUAAACAAACAUGUUUGGAAGUGAAUACAAUACUUUGUUUUUGCAAUAUUUGCGAAAUUCGAUUUGAACAGAUCAGACAUUAUAUUGAGAUAAUUUCAGCCAGAUAUCGUCAGGAGCUGAAAUGGAGUGAAAAUAAUAGAAGUGAUUGUUUUGGUUAUAGCAACACUUACAAUGCUACAAUUACUAUAACAAUCACUUUUAUUGUUUUCACUCCAUUUCAGCUCCUGACGAUAUCUGGUUGAGCUGAUUCAUCUGGCUGAAAAUAUCUCAAUAGAAUGUCUGGCACAGAUUUCCAUAAACAGAAUGUACGUUGUAAUGAAAAAUUAAGAGCAAGAUCAGAGCAAGUUCAUACAUAUUUUGAUUAGGUAUUCAAAUGAUUGAUCAGUACUUAUUAUUUGACGCCGAAUCAAUUCGAAGGUGACCCAUUUUCUUAGCAGUUAGCAAUUUGUCAAUAUUUAUUGAAUCGCACAAUUUUUAGGAAAAAAGAAAAACACAUGUGCGUGUAUAAUUGAGGAAAUAUUUAGAAGAAUAUUUAUACAAAUUAAUGACGAUAAUAACGAGCAAACAUAGAGUAGCGUUGCCUUAAACCAAUUACCAACCAUUUAAACAAAAACACGAAAAUCAAAAUAGAAAUUCAAUAAACAUACAAACCACUUAUUAAUCACUUUGGAAUUAAAAAAUUGAUUUUUUUUCGCAAACUUUUUCACAUCCC